AUGGACCGACGACCUCACGAACAGCUUCGCUCAGCCAAGUCUCAUUCGCCAUCCGCUGCCGCAGUGCAAGAUGUUCGCCUUCGUUUGCCCGCAACAACAGACCCGCCAGGACCCCAAAAUCCUCCAAAGCAAUUAGCAUGGCUGAUAUUUGGUGCUACCGGCCAUAUUGGCCGCUCGCUUGUCAAAUGCACCCUGGCUCACGGUGACCUCGUUGGGAUCGUCGGACGCACCUUCGAGAGCUCCCCAUCAAGCAUGGAAGCCCUCCACUCAGAAAAUAAAAACUGCAUCGGCCUUCUCUGUGACGUGCGGGUCAGCGAAACUGUCCGCGCCGUGAUUGACAAAACCAUCGAGCACUUUGGCCGCAUCGAUUGCAUUGUCAACUGCUCAGGCUAUGGCAUCGUGGGUGCCUGCGAGGAUCAGGAUGAAUACGAUAUCCGAAACCAGUUCGAGACCAAUUUCAUUGGCACGUUGAAUAUCCUGCAACACUCUCUCCAGUAUUUCCGUGAGCGGCGCGCGGGGAGGUAUUUGAUAUUCAGCUCUACGUCCGGAUCGCUUGGUGUUCCGGGACUGGGACCAUACUGUGCGACCAAAUAUGCUGUGGAGGGCCUUAUUGAGAGUAUGCUCUACGAGAUUGACGCGUUUAACAUUAAAUGCACCCUGGUGCAACCGGGACACAUACGUCGGGACGAUUUUGAUCCCCCUGGAGCCCCUCCGGGUACCGCUGCUCCGGACUUGUCGCAUUCCUCCCGACUCCCACUGUUCGGGCAUUUCUUCAUCAAGCCUGCAAGUGAGCCGUAUAGCUCAGCGACUGCUCCAGCUGCCCAUGCUCGACGUAUCAUCCAGUGGAUGGGUGAUCAGCAGCCUACAAGCGCGGUGAAGGCAGCCGAGUUAGUUUGGCAGCUGGCACAUUGCUCGUUCCCGCCAUUGCGACUCCUUCUAGGCACCUAUGCCGUAGAGAGUAUUAGAGAUAGGCUGAAAUGCAUCACUGAGGAAAUCGAGGAGUGGAAGCAUUUGAAUUUCCCGCUCGCUGAUGGUGAUCCACAUCAUGAGCAUCACGCCCAUACACAUGAUGAGGCAGCUGGAACUAAUGACAAUUCGAAGAGUGAGAGUGAGGACAAUCCGAUAUAGCAUGAUGUGCCAAUGCAGGGAUAAUUUAUUAUCAAUGAUCACGGCCGUCGCAUACAGACGACGAUAAGAUGAAUCCGUUUGACCCAGGGAUACACUUGAUAAUUAUGCAUGACAGGUUACUCACUAUAAUCUGAGAUGGACAAACUUUGGUCACACAUGAACAAAACGGAAGUUCUAAGGAACACGAAAUCCUUGGAAAUUAAUACCGUGAGCGUUUUUCAAAUACUUUGUAAAAUUAGCCGCAGCAGGGUCGUCAAAAUUUUCAUAUUUUGCACCCAGUCGAUACGCUGCAGCAAUGCCAGAAAUACAUUCGACUUCGUGAAUGUCCUGCGUCGAUUCUGCCAGCGAACGAUGAGCUAGCUACACUUCAUGCAUUUGCUCCGAGUUAGAUAUGAUGUCACCACAAAUGUCCAUGACCCUGCAAAAUAUGUAUUUUUGUGCCCGUUGAUAAAUCGAAACGC